AUGGCUUCCGCUGGCCGCAAAAAGUCAAUUAUAUCCCAGACCGGCGUGAUAGAAACCCCCAGCCCGGCCGUGAACAACCUGAACAAGUCCGCCUCCCAGUCCACCUCGCUCUACCAGCAGUGCUCCUCCCUCAAGUCCCGCCUCCUCCGCGUCCGCGGCUUCUCCGACUACUUUGGCCUCAUCACAUCCACCGAUUCCCGCCAGUCCGCGGACCCUGUCACACAGCUCUGGCAGCUCUUCUCCUUCGGCAUCCCGCUAUGCUAUCUCUUCGACCAGCUCCCGGAUAGCUUGGGCCUGCCCAAGAUCAACUACUCCACCUUCAACCCCGACAAGUAUGAAACCAAUCCGGAUCGCGAGAAGAAGCACGCCAUCAUGCUCUUCUCCAUGCGCGUCAGGACACCUGAGUUCGCAGCGAAGGUCCCUGGCGGCGAGAUCUUCAUCCCUACUGAGCUCCAAACUCGCGAAUCGACCGACGGGCUUGUCAAGGUCGUCAACACAGUGACCGCCAUCGUGGACCAGUUUCCUCCGGAGCUUUUUGAAGAAGAUCCGCCGACACCCCCAAUGCUGCCCUCGCAGGGCUCUACAGACUCCCUUGCCUCAGACGCGAUGCUGGCGCCGCCCCCGUCUGCCUUCGGUGGAAGUGCAAAGACCAACGUCCUUCGCGAACUUGUUGAGACCGAGCGGAAAUAUGUUGGAGACCUCGAGGUUAUGCACAAAUACUCCCAAGCCCUCUUCCAGCGAAACCUCCUCACGCAAGACCUUGUCCUCCAACUCUUUCCCAAUCUCAACAAACUCAUCAACUUUCAACGCCAAUUUCUCAUCCAAAUGGAGGCUAUCAAUGAGCAGCCAUGGUCAGAACAGCGGUGGGGACAGCUCUUCCUGGACCACGAGGCAGGCUUCAUCGUGUACGAGCCGUAUUGCGCCAACUAUAUCGUCGCUACCGACAUCGCGAUAAAGUUCGAGAGCACGUUGAGGAACUUGAAUGAUAUCAUGAACGCCCAAACGGAACUCCCAGCUUUCCUGAUCAAGCCGGUUCAGCGAGUUUGCAAGUAUCCGCUGCUUCUGGAUUCACUGCUGAAGUACACAUCACGCGAGGACUACCCGUACUAUGACGAGCUCAGUGCUGCUGUUGACUCGGCGAAGCGCAUCGCGGCGAGCAUCAACGAGACCCAACGAGCGUCCGAGAACGAACAAACGGUCAAGAACCUUGCCCAGCGCGUCGAGGAUUGGAAGGGCCACCACCUAGAGAACUUCGGCCGCUUGCUCCUUGACGACGUCUUCACCGUCACGAAGUCCGACAUUGACCGCGAGUACCACGUCUUCCUGUUCCAGAAGAUCAUCCUCUGUUGCAAGGAGGUGCAUCCGCAAGGACAGAACGGCGCGAAGAAGGUCAGCAAGAGCAACUCCUUGCUGAAGAAGCAGAAUGGCCCUCCAAUCCCGCAGAGCAACUCUUCCACUUCGAAACAGAAGUCGACACCAUUGUUGCUGAAGGGCCGUAUCUUCCUCAGCAAUGUCACUCAAGCUGUGAUUGUACCCGCACGACAGUCAACUUCUGGUGCAAGCGGUUUGAACUCGGUCACCUACCCUUUAGCCGUCUGGUGGAAGGGUGAUGACGACCUCGAGUUCUUCACUCUGCGAUGCCGUCACGAGGACCAGCGCACGCAGUGGCAAACCGAGAUCAACCGCUUGAUCACCGAGGCCGCCCACAGGCGCGCGUCUGAGCGUGGCGUGAGCAAGGCCUUGAACGGCGCUGCCGCUGUCCAUCCUCACAUGCGGCAGCAGUAUCAGUCGUACGACGGCCGUGGGACGCCCGGGUCCCCGCAGCUUGACGGCGGCGGACGCAGUCGUGGUAGCAGUGUUUCGCGGCCCAACGGCUCGCCGCAGCUGAAUGGUCAUACGUUCUCGCAGAGCAUGAGCAUCAACGGGCCGCAUGGAUACCCCCCACACGACGGUUUCGAGUUCGAGCCGGACGAGGACGAGUACGAGGAUUACCCGACGACCUCGCAUGGGCCAGGUGGUCGCGACACGCCCCAGGGGGCGCGGCGGAACAACGCGAUGAGCCUACCGCACCCCGAGCGCGAUUAUGGUCCGCACGAUCGACCGCGCGCGAACACGGAGGACGUGGGCGGGGCUAUUAUGACACAGUGGCGGUCUAACCUACCUCAAACACCGGGUGCGCUUCGGCCUAUCACCCCGCGCCUUAGCUCUGCGAACAGCGCGGCAAGCUACUCAUCGGACGCGAGCUUCGGUAACGAUACCCGUCGACCGCCGCUACGUAGCCAGUUCAGCUCGAGCAAGCUGAAGACGACCUACGAGGACGACGGCGGGCUGAAGGUCUCGACUAAUGGUACGAGCCGGUCACGGAGCGCGAGCCAACCGAACGCGUAUGUGCCGAAGACCGCACCGCCACCGAUGCCAACCAUGACCCAAUGGAAGUCCGGCGCGUCGAUGGCGGGCAGCAGCAAGCGCGGCAGCGGGUCGAGCCAGUCCACCCAGGACAGCUCCGACUACUCGCCGAAUAGCUCAUCGCCCAUCACCACGUACGGCUCGAGCGAGUCGUCGCUGGGUGGCCCCGCCGUCCGCACCUCGCGUUCGCAGCACUUUGACCAGCCGCCGACGACCUCGGUGUACGGCCAGCCGCCAGGGAUGGCCGCGCCCGUCAAGGUCAAGGUGCACUUCCACGAGGACAUCUUCGUCAUACAGGUGCCGCGCUCGACCGAGUACUCAGACCUGGUUGAGAAGGUCGGGCGCAAGAUCCGCUUGUGUGGACCUCGGAGGGACGAUGGGCCGCUGCGGGUGAAAUACAAGGACGAGGACGGAGAUAUGGUGUCGCUCGGGUCGACGGAGGACGUGCAGAUGGCGUUCGAGCAGUACAAGCCUGGCACGCCUGUGACGUUGUUCGUGCAGUGA